AUGGAGGCCUCACUGAACAUCUUCUGUUUCAGCCUUUACCUGCUGGUGCUGCUGGUGGGGAUCCUGGGUGACGGAUUCAUCGCGGGGCUGUUGUGCAGCAAGUGGAUCCGAGGCAGGAAGCUGCCUCCAUGCGAUAUGAUCUUGGCCGGUCUGGGAGCCUCCAGGUUCCUCCUGCUGUGGGUGGCAAUGCUGAAUGGGAUCCGUGCUUUUAUUUUCUCCGAACUGUACCAAUACCAUAUUAUUUUCCUCUUCUUUGGCUUUUUGGGAGUAGUGCUGGGCCUUGUCUCCUUCUGGCUGGCUGCCGGGCUCAGCGUCUUCUACUGUGUGAAAAUCUCGACCUUCACCCAUCCCCUCUUCCUCUGGCUGAAGCAAAGGAUUUCGGGACUUGUGCACUGGUUCCUCAUUGGCUCCAUGCUGGCUUCCUGUGUCCCCAUUAUCCCAGUCAUCAUUGGCUACCACAUCAUCUCUGUCCAGAAGAUUGCUUCAGGGAACAGCACCAAGGUUGAGGGGACGACCUUCCAGUCACACUAUAUACUAAUCAUGACGUUUAUCAUAUUUUGUGUCCCCUUCUUCCUGCUCCUCAGCUCCUCCAUCUUUUUGACCGUCUCUCUUCUGAGACACCUGAGGGCCAUGCAGCACCACCACCUAAACUUGCAGGACUGCGGCACCAAGACUCACACCCGCGCACUAGCAACACUGGCCUCCUUCCUCUUCUUCUACGUUUUGUACUUUGUCUUCCUGAUCUUCACCUCGGCCUUGAAUUCUCCAUUUGACAGUCCCUGGUUGUGGCUGCUCCAGAUAGUUACUUACUCGGGACCAAUAUGCCACGCCUUCUUGCUGAUGUGGAGCAACCCCAAAAUCUGGGGGGCCUUAGAGAAGGGCCUGCAGCGCGUCCCAGCCUGUCUGACACCGUGUGGGACAGCAUAA